GGCCUCCGGGCAGGCAGCACGGCGAGGAACUCCAUCGCAGGACUGAAAGCCUGGCACGCGGCCCAGAACGCGGACUGGAAAGGGGGUAAGCGUCUCAAAUACGUGCUGAAUGGCGUGGAGAACAGACGCCCGGCCCUCUCCCGCCUCCCACCCCGCCUUCCCGUCAGUCGGGGCAUGCUUCGCAUCCUGAGGGCGAACUUAGACUUAUCGAACCCGGUAGACAUUGCCGUCUUCGCCGCCGCCUGCCUGGCCUUUUGGGGACAGUGCCGCCUGGGGGAACUACUCCCCUCCUCGACGACUCCAGCCACCUCGAAGAGAACCCCUACCCGGGCCAGCCUCACCUUCCCUUCACCAUCCUCCCCAUCGCACACUAUCCACCUCCCUUCGACGAAGACUCGGUUCAGCCAAGGGGAGGACGUCGUCAUCCUGAACCAGCACGGCUCAUCGGACCCC